GUUCUUUUCGAGUUUGGGGGCAAUAUGAAAGCCCCAUAACCAUACUUUGCAGUAUUGUUUGGUUAUAAAUGCCGGUGAUUCCCACGGAACAUGCUUCUUCUUUCGCGCACAUAGACUAUCGCAAUCGCCAAGAUGUUCAUCAUUCCGCCUACGCAGGAGUCCAGACGGCUGGCUACACAGGCCCUUUUCCCCGUUGACAAAUUCAUUCGAAAUAUCAACGCAAAGGACUUUUGGUGUUUUCCUAAUGGCACGAAGACCACUGAAGCUAAGAAUCUCCUACGACACUACGUUGUCGAACAGUUGCCGAAUGUUGAUAAGAGAGCGGCGUCCCGAGCAAUACGCAUAGAGGGAAAGCUCAUGACUGUGGGCCCUGAGGUUAUUUGGAUCAGAGAUGAUCACCUUAGGAAUAACGUGGACAAGACCACAUUGAUAUGCUUGGCCGUCCCGACUCCCUCUGGGGCGCAGACUGCAACACCAUCUCAUGAGAGCCCCGAAACCAAACAAACGCUGAUAUCAGAUAUGCGGAAGGUAGGGGUGAGGGGAACGAUAAUCGACUGGGCAGAGAAAGAGUUUGGAGGUGCAACAGCUGCUGUAGGCGAAGGACAGGGAACCAAGCCGUUGCCGAUCAAAUUCGAAAUCGGCAGCGUAUUGCAACUCGACGAACACGAGGAGCUCUUUGUACGCCCUGAAAGUGAAGGCAUAUGUAUGGUUUUGUUUGGGCACAAGCACGAUGCACAUGAAGCAGGAGAUGGGUGAGGUAUUCCCAAGUCAUAGAUUAUCUAAGAAAGAUUCAAAGGUUAUACUGUCCCCAGAAACGAUCAGGUCCGAGACGUCAGUCAGAAACAUCUGAGCAGACCAGCUUGGAUCCCUUCCCCAGCCACAUUCCGCCAUAUCCCUAGGAUUCUCGGUGAUGACCACGUGUUUUGCACCUAGCCAGUCGCGCACAAGCUCUGAAAACCGAGAUGAGAGUAGGGAAAUUGACCUCCUAAUCAUGGUGGUCUUCUCUGUGGCUGUCAAUGAUCCGACCCCUGUAAGGCGUGAGGCCCCCUGGGAGUGUAGCGCAUCCAGUGUCAGAAAUUCCAAUGCCUGAUCCAAAUUGCCUGUCUCAAUACAACCGAUCGCGUUGUGCAAUUGCGAAAGCCGGGCGUCCGAGCCGACGUCAAGAUGCUCGAUUGAACACAGUAAGCGGCGUAGCAGAUUGAGAUGUGGCGCUCUUUCAACUUCGAAAGCUGCCCAACGCUUUUGGAGGUCCUUGAUUAUGAAAAUUAGGUAAGUGGACCUUUUCAAUUCCGCAGUCCUCCACUCACUCGAGCACCAGUACCGUGGAUGCAUGUCAAACUUUAGGCUUGCCGAAUUUCGCAGUCCUGGAGCUUCAGGCAACGCAAGAUGCCCAGAAACUUCCAUCGCAGACCAGGCCAUUCGCAGAUAUCCAAACCAUCGGGACAGGGACCGCGUACCAUUCUGGAUGGUG